AUACUAGAACACAGUAUAGGAAACCCAUGUUCCGCGUUCUUUCCCGCACCACAUCCAAAUCGCACUGCCCCUGCAAUCUGCAGCUGAUGUCACUGCAAAGUUACCGACACGCAAACACAAGUGGCAAAUGCAGUGUGUUUGCCAACAUCAGAUUGCAUAGUAUAAAAGUGCCAUGCAAUCUGACUGCAGUGCGUUUCCAAAACUAGUGCAUGCAUUAGUUUUGGUGCAGAACCAGGGGAGGACUGACCAUUUGGAAACUCGGGCACUGCCCGAGGGCCUGGGGUCAGUAGGGGGCCCCAUGAGAUGCCCCUGGUACCUUUUUCAUAGACUUUUUUGAGUUUGGGCAAGGACACAGGGGCCCCAUGAUCCCCUAUUGCCCAGGGGCCCCAU